GAUGUGGCGAGGAAGAAAGGAGAAUAUCAAAAAUAUUUAGAAUUAUACAAAUUAAUGCGAUCUAGAUUUGAAGAGCAUUAUGUUAAAUCUGGACGGGGAGGACGAAAAUUAGACGAAGUUCGAGAUAAAUACCAAAAAGCAUGUAGAAAAUUGCACUUGACACACAACGAGUAUGUUCUAUUAUUAUGCGAAGCGGCCGAAUUCGAAAAAGAUUUUCGAACUGUUUUAUUGCCAGGACUUUUAGAAUACCAACAAUCCGUUCAAGAGGGGUUUGUACUAACUUGGAGACAACUUCUGCAAGAUCUGGCGCAUUUUUCUGAUUUCACAUCAGACAAAUACAAAGAUAUUCAUAAACGAAUUGAUAGCAGUUUACAUUCCAUUAAACAUACAGAAGAAUAUAAUGACUUCACUGAGAAACAUAAAACUAGUCCAACUGAAGCUGUGAAAUUUAGUUUUGAUGAGAGUUUGACUGAAGAAAAUGCGGGAAAGUUACUGCCAAAUCAAUUAACAGUGGAUAAUCUUACAGUGGAAUGGUUACGAACAAAGCUAUCUGAUUUAGAAACAAAUAUUAAGGAUAUUCAAGAAAAGAAGACUAAUUUUUCAUCCCAAAAUCAAGAAAUAUUACAUAAUGGAAAAAGUAGUAAUAAUGAUAUAAGUGCUAGUAAAACGUCCUUGGUAGAUACCAGUAAAAAAGAGCUUAAUGAAUUGAAAUGUCAAGAGCGUAAAAUGUUGAAACAAACUGAAUUAAUCAAAUGUGCCUUAAAUGAGCUGGGAUGUGAAGAAGUGCCGUCUGGUUGUGAUCUUUCUAUUGAUAAUCAACCCUUUGUUAACUCUAAUUCUAGUGAACAGGGUGAUGGUACAGAACCUUCCUUGAUAAAAAGAGCUUUGGGGCAUCAGAAGAUAGUUAACUUGCUUAAGAAGCCAUUCCGUAGAAAGUCUGAACCAUCAUCACCUGUGGCGCCUCCUCGCACGAAGGGACGGCGUGAAUCUACACCUCAUAGUGAUGGGUCAGAUCCAGUAGCUCUAAGCACAAAUAAAACUCUAAUGGAUGAAGAAUGGUUUCAUGGAGUUUUACCAAGAGAAGAAGUAGUCAGAUUGCUCACUCAGGAAGGGGACUUCCUUGUUAGAGAAACGACAAGAAACGAUGAAUGUCAAACUGUUUUAUCUGUAUGCUGGGGUGGGCACAAACACUUUAUUGUUCAAACUACUGCAGAAGGCCUUUACCGUUUUGAGGGACCUGCUUUUCCCAGCAUUAGAGAAUUAAUUUUAUACCAAUUUAGUAGCGGUUUGGCCGUCACCGGCAGGUCUGGUGCGAUUUUACACAAACCAAUCCCUAGAGAGAGAUGGGAACUAAACAACGACGACGUGAUUUUACUUGACAAAAUUGGAAGGGGAAACUUCGGAGAUGUCUACAAAGCACAACUAAAGAGUAGCAAUCAAGAAGUGGCUGUAAAAACCUGUAGGGUUACACUACCUGAAGAGCAUAAGAAGAAAUUUUUACAGGAAGGCAGAAUUUUAAAGCAGUAUGAUCAUCCAAAUAUUGUUAAACUUAUCGGAAUUUGUGUGCAGAAGCAGCCAAUCAUGAUUGUUAUGGAGUUGGUUCCAGGGGGAUCACUUUUGACUUACUUAAGGAAAAAUGCAGCAAUUCUUACGGAAGGUCAAUUGAUGAAUAUGUGCUUAGAUGCAUCUGCUGGAAUGCGAUAUUUAGAAUCGAAAAAUUGCAUUCAUCGGGAUCUGGCGGCUCGUAACUGUCUUGUAGGUUACACAAAUACAGUUAAAAUAUCUGAUUUUGGCAUGUCACGGGAAGAAGAAGAGUAUAUCGUAUCAGAUGGCAUGAAACAAAUUCCUAUCAAAUGGACAGCACCUGAAGCACUCAACUUCGGCAAAUACACUUCACUGUGCGACGUUUGGAGUUAUGGUAUUUUAUGUUGGGAAAUAUUCUCAAAGGGUAGUACUCCAUAUAGUGGGUUAAGUAAUUCCAAAGCAAGGGAAAAAAUCGAUUCAGGGUACAGAUUGCCAGCACCUGAAAAUACUCCAGAUGAAAUGUAUCGUCUGAUGUUACGAUGUUGGGAAUACCAACCCGAAAAUCGGCCCAAUUUCGAACAAGUUUUUACUGUUGUAGACACAUUAUGUCAAGCUUAUAAAGUAUCAUUUUUGUAAAAUUGUAACUAGUAUUGUAACAAAAAAUGUAUAGUCAAUUUUUUUAAUUAUUUAUAAGCUAAAAUUUUUACUGUGAUGUGAUACCUAUAUUAUGCAUAUCUGCAUGCCAUAUUGUAUGUAAUUAUCUUUUUAUUUUAUUUGUAUGUAGUCAAUUCAGCUAAUAUUUUUUAUACAUUGUACCAACUGUGCAAAUUGGCACAACACUAACAUCUCUUUUUAAACAAUA